GUUAGCUAUGGCUGAAGUCCCGGAGUGUUUGCUGAAAGCCCAGCGAUGGGCGAAGCAUGUGCUGCAAAAUGUGGGGAUCGAUAAGGAGAACGUGUGGACGUGCGAGAAGAACGCAAAGGCUAGAGCCUCUCAUUUCGACAUGUUGGCCGAAGGUACUUGUCGCUUCACAGAUGUAGAAUCGUUCAUCGAUUCUGAGACCCUGAAAGAAAUGAAGAAGAUCAGUGUGAAGGGGAAUGUUCAGAAAUUCAAGAAAUGGUUUCAGCUAGCAAAAAAGGGCAAGGUGGCCAAGAAGGCAUUCUGCUCACGACACUUGAAGCAGUGCUGCAUCCGGAAGAGGUUCCUAGAUACCAGCGGGACCAUAUGCACUGCAUACAGCACUUUGGGGUCAUUAGAAAAGGAGGAAUCCGUGAACGCCAUUCUUUUGUGCAUCUACAUGGUGUGUUGUUUCAAGCAAGGUGUACCGAUCGUGCUCCAUGAGAACGUAUUAGGUUUUGAAACAACGUCCAUGAGAGACUUCGCAGAAGAGAUGGGGUAUGAGCAUGUGGCGUUUUCCACCAAGCCGAUGGACGUCGGUAUGCAUGUGGGAAGGCCUCGCAAGUACCUUGUUUUCUAUAUAAUUUCAAACACGUAUGGCCCUGUGUAUCAGCCAACAGCUGCGUCCGCAGAUAUGUAUGUAUAUAUAUAUAUUUAUUUAAAUAUUUAG